AUGGGAAGUCAGUCGCUUAAGGGUUGGUCAAUAGAUGAAGUAAUGACAACUGAAGAAGAUGAAGAGUCAUUCUCAUUUCCAAGCCAAUUGCCUCCAAUAGAUUUCAGUGGAUAUUGGGCAUUUGAUUGUCAACUUGAUUUUCCAAUACAAGAGACUGCUUCAGCGUGGAUGGAGAUGUAUCAAAAUGAUCCUCUUUAUACAUCUUUGGAUCUUGUACCACCCCAACAUGACUUCCAAGAGGAUUUCUUUUGUGAUUUUGGAAGUGGGUUGGGUGUUUGGAAUGAAAUAAGUGCUUAUAUCAAGCCACAGAGCCAACUAUUGUUGUGUGAUAAUAGAGUGCAAACCCAUGAAGAGUCUGAAGGAGAGAAGAUCAAGAGGUGCAGAGAAUAUAAUAAUGGAAGUUCUAAAAGUUUGUCUCGAAAAACAAUAUCUCAGUACUUCUACAUGCCAAUAACACAAGCAGCAAAGGAGCUCAACGUUGGGUUGACUCUAUUGAAGAAAAGGUGUAGGGAGUUGGGAAUUCGUAGGUGGCCUCACAGGAAGUUGAUGAGCCUCCGAACCCUAAUCACCAAUGUGCAGGAAUUGGGGAAGAAGGAAGGAGAAGAGGCUGAAGAAAAGGUGAGAGGGGCCCUAGAGAUAUUGGAGCAAGAGAAGAAUUUAAUGGAGAAGAUACCAGAUAAGCAACUUGAAGAGAAAACUAAGAGGCUCAGACAAGCAUGUUUCAAGGCAAACUAUAAGAAGAAGAAGCUUAUGGGGAUGAUGGAAUCGAACUCAUCUUAG